UGAGUAGUGACAGAAUGUGAAAUAACUGAUCAGUACAUUGAAGAUGAACUCUAUGGAGUCUAUCGACAAUGCCUUAAGAACCAUUUCAUCCUUCUUCGAGUCUACAUCGAUUUGCUAUCAGAUUAACCAAAAUAUUUAAUCAAUUCACCAGCAAUUUGAGCACAAUAUUGGAGGUGUUAAUUGCGUGUCCUGGCGUCAUUUAUGUUGCUCGGUUCUUGGUUGAAAGUUCGUUCCGUCAAUGAUUUGAUCUCUUUGUAUGAUCUAAUUUAUUGUCUGUAUGAGAUGAUGAUUUUAGCUGUGAAGUGAGGCCUUCUCAAUGCUUCUCGGGACGUCGAGUCAUGAGUUCCCUUGGAUAUCACAUGUGAGGAAGAGUGUUCAGAGAGCAAGUGAAGAGCAAGAUGAAGAGAGGGCAAGAGAGACAAGAAGACGAAGAGUCAAGAGGAAGAGAGACAAGAGUUAUUCCUGUUUGGUACUAUUUGAACUGAGAUUGGCCACAUCCCCAAAGGUGUCCUGCGCCAGUCACAUGGUCAACUGGUCUAUUUUCCGACAGUUGAGUUAUGGUCCAUUGUUUCAGACUCUUAAAAAUGUCCUGCUCAAAAAUAGUACAUAUUUAACCAUGAGCUUCUCUAUCUUGAGAAUGGACCAUGAUACAUGAUAUUCAUUGUCAUCGGAUCUUUCUUCAUACACAAACAAAUGUUUAUAUACUAAACAUGACAUGUUUUUAUGGAUGUUAGGUAAUAAAACAUGAAAAUCUCUGGUUACAAAAUUAUAUUGGUUUUACACAUCAUUGCAUUUUAUCGAGUUAAACCUUAUAGUUACCAUUCUUAGUAAAAUUAAAUAAAUCAUAAUAAAUUAAAGAUUAUAUUUAUCAAGUAUAGGUGAUUGCACAUCGCUACCUUCAUUUUAAAGAGUUCCAUCGGUCUAUAAUCCUUAAUUUGUUAGGUACAAACUUUACCACAGUUCAAAGUGAUUUUCAGCAUUAUCUAGCAAGGCUAGAUUAAGAUGAAAUGUCUUCGUAUUCUUAAUGGUCCUUGUAACCUUACAAAAGAGAAGUCUGCUUUAACUGUGUUUGGAAGAUCAGGUUGCAGAUGGGCCUUUCUGGCCAGUUAGGACGCUUGGGCCAUUUGAUUUAUGAUGGUGAAACAUUCCAAAAUGAAAAGCUGGAUUGUUCCUAGAUCCAGAUAUACGUUGUUUCAAUUCUUCUGCAUAUAUAAUCUUACACCUGAAAGUUUGAAGUAGCUGUAAAAGCUUAAAGUUUGAAGGUUUUAAGUUUGAAGUAGUUACAAGUUUAAUAGUAGUUUUGAAAGUUUAAAGAUUAUAAGACCAUUCAGUCUAUCAGAAGAUAGAUACAUAGAUAGCAGGGCUGGACUGGUAAUCUGGCAUACUGGACAUUUUACAUGGAAUGGAGCUGGCUGAGGCAUUGCUGUGACAUGGCCUUGAGCUGACUCUGGUGUGGCUCUGUCAUGGGCUGGAGCUGACUCUGGCUUGGCUGUGACAUGGCCUAGAGCUGACUUUGGCGUGGCUGUGACAUGGCCUGGAGCUGACUCUGGUGUGGCUGUGACAUGGCCUGGAGCUGACUCUGGCUUGGUGGCCAUGUCGUGGAACUCUGGCUUGGCGGCCAUGGCGUGGGGCAAAGUCGGGGAAGGCUGAGCCGUGGAUAACUUGGAAAUGACCUCCGUGGUCGUAAACAUGGACAGAGACUUGGGAACAACCUCUAUGGUUGUGGGCAUGGGCAGAGACGAAGUGUAGAACCCAGGUGCAGUUUAUUUACAGGAGUGAAGACCGAAAACCAUAAAUCCAACUGUGAACAAAAUUCUUGACUUGACUUGACAUAAAACUAGACUUGACAUGAAACUAGACUUGACUUGAACAAACAACAAAGUUACACUCACAAUAUCUGACACUAGACAAUGGCAAACAUGAGGGCUAAAAUACACAGACAUGAGUAAAAAGACAACCAAUGAACAGGCAGAAAUAAAAACAAGACCACAAGACUAAUAAACUAAAACCAAUGAUAAACUAGAACUGAUAACAAAGUAAUAAACCAAUGAAAACAAGACACAUGAACAGGGAAAACACAUGACAAGAUCACAUGAGGGAACAGGAAAUCACAUGACAUGACAGGAACAGGAACUAAACUUGAAAAUAAAAGACAUAAAAACAAGAACAAAACAGAAUAAACAUGACAGUUCCCUUCAAGCUGAAAAUCAGAAUUAUAAUUAUUAACUCAUCAAAAUUAAGUCAUCCAUUUUAGAUUUUUUUGAAUAUGGCAUUCUCUGAACUUUUGAAUACUCCUCUAAGGGGAUUCAUGAGACUGUCACCACAUUUAGACAAAAUUAUGCCAAGAUAUUGAAGAUGCUAAAUUGCAAACAGAUUUUGAAAUAUUGAACUGUGUUACCAUAGCGAAGCAUUAAAUUAAUGGCAAAAAAUGGGAAACAGCAGUGUCUCACAUUUACAUUUACAUUUACAUUUAUUCAUUUGGCAGACGCUUGUAUCCAAAGCGACUUACAAAAGAGGUCUCACAUCAUGUGCAAUGUGUGAUUUAGUUCAAAACUGAGAUGUAUGUUGAGGGCUAAUCACAUGGAUUUGAUUAUUUUGGGUUAUGGACAUAGCGCCACCACUGGGCAGUAGGAAGCGUGGCUCUUACAAGAGAUUUGAAAAUAGUUCUCUUAUAUUUACCCAAGUUGCUUCAAAAUUAUUUAGAAUAAUGUAAAAUACCAAAUGCAUGUGUCCACCUUGCAUUGUUUUCCGAAAGCCAAUGGGUGGAAAUGGACCCAUGGUGCUUGGGAUGUCAUCGCAGCUUACAGCUAUAUUAUCAUCUUGAAAUGCAUGCCACACAGUUGAAUCCCUCUAUGUCUAGAUUUUGUUCCUGUAGCGAUGAGUGGGUAACAAUUGUGGUUAUAAAUGUUUAAUUCCUCAAGUUUCAGAGUCAAGCAAAGUUAAGUGGUGCUGCUUAUUUACAUAGAUUGUAUUGCAUCACAUGGUUUCCUGUGCUUCCUCUUUUUUUCAAGAAUUUCACAACCUAACAUUAAAGCAACCUUGAGCUUAAGAUUUGACAUAUUGGUCUUCUGUCUUCUCUAGCCAUUUUGUGGAAGUGUGGCACUACAAUGAAGAUGUCUUUUUUCUCUAUGUAUUGAGACCUUUGGAUUUGACCCCCCCUUCGUACACUCAGUGACCCCUCUAGCCCCUUCCCCGCAUUCACUCCCUCAUUGUCCCUUUCAUCCAGCUCCCUUUUUUAAGAAACACGCAAUGCUUUUAACCUAAUUCAGCCCAUUGUUUGUCCCUGACCCGAACCCCCAUCCCCCAGUCAAAUAAACAAAGGGGGGAGAGCCGCUGUAGUCCCUGAGCAAGCCAGGUGUUUUCCACUGCCCGCCUGCUCCCUAAUGGCAGAGGCCUCGUGCUGCAGCUGCUUGAUAAGGCCUCUUUUAUGUGGCUCCAUUGUUGACCACACACUCCUUGUUUAUUCAUGGACUAUGUGGGGGAAGACCUUUUGGAAUGACAGCCACUACUUUAUCUCCACCCUCCCUUAGUGUGUAAACUGUGGGUGUCAGUGAGUGUGCGUGUGUGUGUGUGUGUGUGUGUGUGUGUGUGUGAGAGAGAGAGAGAGAGAGAGAGAGAGAGUUUACACUCCAUUGUAAGCUCCCUGCUCUCUCAUUGGUUUGCAGACAGCUACUGACUAAUGGGCAAAUGGUAGACAUUGUAGCCCCAUCUGCUCAAGCUCUCAUUGUUCAAACUGUCUUUUGAGGGAAAAAAGAUCUACAGCACAGUGUUCCACUUCUUCAGACUUGCUAGGGUUUGAAGGCACUUUAUCUGCUUGACUGGAUUUGUGUGUCCCUCAGUGUGACAUGGUUUCUGCUUCUUGGUUUUGAGUUGGAGAGCAACAAGGGGAAACUGUAUUUUCUACAAGACAAUCUGAUGACUCAGUAUAGCUGAGCAGAAAUAUAUUAAUUGACCAGGAGCAGCAGCAUUUUUUCAAGGUUUGGGUCUGGACUCCCUUCACUUACGGUUCACAUGAGCAAGGCAAACUGAGGGCUCCAUAACUGGUGACAAGGGUCAGCAGGGCUCACAGUCAGUACUGCGCUGGAUGUCUGUGGAAGCUUCAUGGGCCUGAAGGAGCAUCUGGAUGAUGGAACAGGCCACAUCCUUGAACUGGGACUGGAUCUUAACUACCUCCAUGUUAAAGCAAAAGACCAGCAGGCUGGCACUGAUGCUGGACCUAUCAUGGAAAGUGGCUCGUCAGACACUGUUGAUAAUGCAGCCCCCUGCACCAGAAGCAGGAGUUCUUCCCAACAAGGGGAUUCAGAUGAAAGUGAAGGGUCAGAUUGCGAGUCUGAGCAGAGUUGUAGUAGUCCUCGUGUGCUCAGUGACGAGUCUAUCCAUGCAGUCCACCCACCACUCUCUUGGUCUCCAUGCCUGGAUUUGUAUUCAACGGUUCUGGACAUGGUACCUGGAGAGCCAGGCCCUGCUGAUAUGCUCAGGAAAUACAAGACAAAGAUGGAGUUUGCCCUUAAGCUCGGUUAUGCGGAAGAAUUGGUUCAGCUGGUUCUGAACAAGCUAGGGUCAGACGCACUGAUUAAUGACAUUCUCGGUGAGCUGGUGAAACUGGGAAGUAAGUCAGAGAAUGAGGGUGGGAAGCAGUUUUCCUCCCAGUUAACUUCCACACCUUCAUCCUUUGGUUCAUCAUCUUCCUGCAGAUUCUCAGACUCUGUUUACUCCCACUUGUCAGAAUCUCUCUCUCGGACACCAAUGGAUGAUAAGGAUAACCUCCGCCCCAUUGUUAUUGAUGGAAGCAAUGUGGCCAUGAGCCAUGGUGAUAAGGAGGUGUUCUCCUGUCAUGGCAUUCAGCUCGCAGUUGAUUGGUUUCUUGAACGCGGCCAUCGAGACAUUACAGUAUUUGUGCCUGCUUGGAGAAAGGAACAGUCCCGCCCUGAUGCUCUCAUCACAGAUCAGGAGAUUUUAAGACGGCUGGAAAAGGAAAAAAUUCUGGUUUUCACACCCUCACGUCGUGUCCAGGGCCGCAGAGUGGUUUGCUAUGACGACAGGUUUAUUGUUAAACUGUCUCACGAAUCAGAUGGCAUCAUUGUCUCCAAUGACAACUACAGAGACUUGGCUGUUGAGAAACCAGAGUGGAAGAAAUUUAUUGAUGAACGACUUCUAAUGUACUCCUUUGUUAAUGAUAAGUUCAUGCCUCCUGAUGAUCCUCUGGGUCGUCAUGGGCCAAGUCUGGAGAAUUUUCUCAGAAAAAGACCCAUCAUUCCAGAGCAUAAGAAACAGCCCUGUCCAUACGGAAAGAAAUGCACCUAUGGGCACAAGUGUAAGUUCUAUCAUCCAGAGCGUGGCACACAGCCACAGUGUGCAGUCGCAGAUGAGCUCCGCGCUAAUGCCAAGAGCUCCACAAUUAAAAAUGUGGGUCAGUCAAGUCUUGUGAAAAGUCACAGUUUGCCUGGAGGCUCCCGCAUUGACAAAGCCUGCGACAGUAAACGAGUUCACCCAAAGAGGCAACCUGACCCUAACAUCCGUGCCCUCUCUUACAGUGAUGUGGAGGACAAGCUACGUUCCAAAACCAAAGCAGACCUGUAUAAGGGCAACUUUGUUCUGCCCCCUGCUCCGGGAGGCCCCCCUUCCUGUAAUGGGCAUACUCAGGAUCAGAAGGAUCAUACUAUUUGUUCGGUAAAGAAUACAGAAGCUUCACCACUGUCUCAAGCAGAACUGUAUCCAACCUGUGAGUCUUCAGAUCUUUAUUACUCCAUGGAUAGGGCAUAUUCUGGCCUAAGCCUGCCCUCUCAGAGGAGUCCAGAGCACCACUUCCUUUCUGAUCUUGAUCCUCGGACCAGCUCAAUGGCAUCAGACUGCAGCAGUGACAGCAGCGUGAGCUCAGAUUCUUAUGUCAUGGCAACCCACAGCGAGCAUUCUUGCAUGAGCUCUCCUGAUUUUUUCUUGGAUGAUGGUAUCAAGUGUCAUCACCAACAUCACCGCAGACAUUACCAAUUACCCCCUGUCAUUUCUCCAGCACGAAUGCGCUCCCCUGCUACACAUAACCAGCCAGGAUUUCUCCACAGCAUGCCGCGUGUUCAUAGCUUAUCUCUAGAAGACCAGCAGGAGAGCCACUUCAAGCACUCUGUCUCCUACAGGACUCCACAACUUCAGCAUCAAGUGGUAGGAGCCUGUUCAAGCUGUCCUGGAGAUGUCCCUCCUGUUUCUUGUAGCCUUGCCUCCACACGUGUGGACAGCAUGUCAGACUCCACGCUUUAUGAACACUCUCCGUUACCGCCCAGAAAGUCCAACCUAUCUCAAGGUAGCAAGAGCAGCUGGGAUUCAUAUUACAGACAGCACUCAAACCUUUGCUACAAGCCCUUCAGCUUCCAGGACUUUUCAAAGAACCAUGAGCAGAUGUGGCGGAGGCCCCAGGGCUGUCCCUUUCCUCCUCCACCUUCCCACCCUUUGUAUCCAUCCCGCAUUUUAGCACACCAGCACCAAGAGCCACCAGCCUUAAAUAAUUACCAAGAAGUACGAGAGAAAGUAUUUUCCAAUCUUUGUAACAUUUUUCCCUCUGAGCUUGUACAGUUGGUCAUGGGUCAGUACCCUCAUGUGACCGAUGCCCAGCAAUUGGCAGCAGCCAUCUUGGCAGAAAAGAUCCAUGCAAGAUAUUGAGUACUGAGGUCAGGGACGGAUUAACCACUGGGCCAAUUGGGCCGUUGCCCAGGGGCCUCUAAACCCAAGGGGCCUCAAGCUCUUAACCAAUGCAUGCUGGUCUACAGCAGCGUGAUCAUAACCACUCUAGUGCAU